GCUGCCAGAGUUUAGUUUCGUUUCACGUUUCUCUCCUCACUACUUCAGGACCAAUCGAGGUACAAAGCUGACUGAGACUACAUGGCAAGUUUGCAUCUGUUUUUCUGUCAGCAGCAUUCUGGGUCUUGAUUAAGGCGCUACCAUGCGUGUCGCAGUGAUGAUGGUACUUGUCUGGGCUACUUGGGAACCAGUUGGUGGCCUGGCUGGAUCCAAAAAGCAUGGAAACAGAAGCACACAAGGUGAAGUGGUUCCAAAGGCAGAAGGAGCUGCAACAAAGCCAGAUGUGAUUUUCACUCCAGAAUGGAACAAGAUCUUUACAGGAGAUUCUAUAACAAUGAGCUGUGAUAUAAAGUCUACAGUAGAUGAGACCUAUGUCUGGUACAAGGAUGAUAAAUGGACACAUCUAGGGAAGAGUUAUACAAUUCAACAAGCCCAGCCAUCAGACAUUGGAAGAUACCAGUGUCAGACAAAUAUCAGCGACAAAAGUGACUCUGUCACAUUGGACGUUCUAAAUAACUAUGUCAUACUACAGGCUCCUCUGUACAUUUUUGAAGGGGAUGACAUCACACUGAGAUGUAGCCAUUAUCCUGGAUAUUUUCCCGGGGAGACUAUAUUUUACAAGGAUGAUAAUGUCAUUCAAGACUGGGGUCAUGAAUCUGAGCUAUUUAUUGAAAAUGUAUUCAUGAAGUCUGUUUGGAGAUACAAAUGCACAAAGCAGGUCUACCAUGAUCUAAUAUAUUAUCAGUACUCAGAUGAGGUGAUCCUUUCUGUUCAAGCGCUGUUCACAACUCCAGUUCUAACACUAAUCACAGAAGGUGAUGCUAGGAUCCUGAUAUGCGAAACAAGUCUUAGUCCGCUUAGACAGACAACAGAACUGCAGUUUGCUUUUUACAGAGAUGGAAGUAAUGUUCAGGCAUAUAGCCUCAUUAAUAGAUAUACAGUUUCAUCUAAUUGGCUGAAAGGUUCUGGGAGUUACACAUGUCAAGUAAGGACUUCAACUAACACAGUGGAGAAAACUAGCUUGCCAAUUAAAAUUGCCGACACCAUGACAGGGGCAUUUAGCUUUAUACUUCCUGUGACUUUAGCGGUCUUGUUUCUGCUCUUUGCCAUCUUCGUAUUCUUUCUGUACAGAAUAAUACGCCGUUAUUUUUCUGCUGGCACCCAACAAAAUGAAGCUCAACCGUUUCUGGUUCAACCUCCUGGAUAUCAAGCGGCAGACUACACUGUGAUUGAUAAGUAGAUUCUUAUGACCGG